CUCUCUCUCUCUCUCAUCAUUUUUUAUCCUUUCAAAGUCUUGUCGUUUUAACCACUAAUUUAUGCAGUUCUUCUCUGACUCUCAGGCUCUAUCUUCUCAUUUCCCCUCUCUCUCUCUCUCUCUCUCUCUCUCUCUCUCUCACACACACACACAUCAUAAAAUUAGGCUCUUCUGUUUUCUUUCUUUCUGGCAAAAUCCCUUUCAUUCUUUUUCUUUUGGGUAAUUAUUUUGUCUGUCUGUGUGUGUUCUUGAUGAUUUGAGAAGUAAUGGAUAAACGUCGACCCCGGAAACAAGCCAAGACCAGGCGCUCCACGUCAGAAGAAGUGAGCAGUCUUGAGUGGGAGUUCAUAAUAAUGACUGACCAAGAAGAAGAUCUCAUCUACAGGAUGUACAGACUGGUUGGAGACAGCAGGUGGGAUUUGAUAGCAGGUCGGAUUCCAGGGCGGAAACCAGAAGAAAUAGAGAGGUUUUGGAUAAUGAGACAUGGUGAGGUAUUUGCGGAGAAAAGAAGCGAGCACAGCGCAAGAAAUUCAUAACGCUCCACUCAUUUGAUCCCCACAGGUUUAGAGAAGAAUUUCUUUACCUGUGUUGGAACUCUUUUUGCAUAUAAAGUUUGUUUUGUUUGCUUAUCUAUUGAUCUUAAUUUCUUCUUGUCUUUCUUGUGUUUUCAUUUACUUUAUAGUAUUGUAAACAAUAUAUCCUCUGUAAUAGUGGACUUCCUCUCACUCUCAAUGUGUCUCUGAGUGUGAGUGCAUGUGCAUAACUAUAUAUGUAUGGACUCAGCAAAUGAUUCAAUUUUGAGGUCACAUCCUCUACACUGAUUUCCACAACCGUGGGGAUGCAU